AUAAAGACAACACACAUACAAACUCUCAAGCAAAGCUCUAUGGCAACUACUACUUCCACUCUAUUCAUUCAAGAAUUCAUGGAGAACUUCCACUACUCAAGAAGACUACUCACGGAAGCCACCAUGACGCUGCCUCUGGCGGCAACCGGAAUUAGGCACGACCAAAUUGAUGAUGAUGUACCAAUUGGUAACGUCUUUGAUGCAAAUGUUAUUAUGGUCAUAUUGGCAGUACUUGCAAGUGCCUUGAUUUGUUCACUUGUGUUGAACUCCAUCAUAAAAUGUGCAUUUAAGUGCUCUAGCCUUAUAUUGGCAGACUCAUCCUCAGACCAUACAAAUAACCCUUCAGCAGCCAAUAGAGGGAUCAAGAAAAAGGCCCUCAAGACAUUUCCAGUUAUAACAUACACUACUGAAUUGAAACAUGGGAUUGACUAUCAGUGUGUCAUUUGCUUAUCAGAAUUUGAAGUUGGAGAGAAAGUUAAAGUUCUUCCAAAGUGCAACCACGGAUUCCACGUCAAGUGUAUCGAUAAAUGGCUCAAUUCCCACUCUACUUGCCCUACUUGCAGGCACUGCCUCAUUGAGACUUGCCAAAAAAUUGUUAACGGCAGUAAUUUUCCCAGUAGCAAUACUUUAUCAUCAGCAGCAGUGCAAGAAAUUAUCAUAAGAAUUGAACCUCUCCAACGUGAAGGUGUGGUAUCUAAUAAUCAAGAUUUGGUGGAAAAAAUAGUAGUAUCUCGGCUAUAGUUGAUUGGUAUAUGUAACACACACACUUAAUUAGAUAAUUAGAAGCUUAGCUUUGAAGUUGAUAAUUUAAUUCUUUCUUUUUCUUGUUGAAAAAAUUUCAGCAAGCUAGCAUGAGGCCAAAAGACCAGUACUUUUCCAGUGAUUCAUUGGUCUUGCAAGUGUAUAUAAAAAUUAAUUUAUUACUGUUAAUUUCUUUAUAAUCAAACUAAUCUUUC